ACUCUGGCGCUCAUUCCCCCCCCCCCUUCCCUCCAUUUCUCUCUCUCUUCUUUCUCGAUCUCUCUCACCUUUCCACCACUAUUAACUCUAUAUCUCUUCCCCUCCACCCCCCUACUCCGCCACCGGAGAUAUGGACUCCGACGAGGGUAAGCUUUUCAUUGGUGGAAUUGCUUGGGACACCUCCGAGGAGAAGCUUAGGGACUAUUUCUCCCAAUUCGGUGAAGUUAUUCAAGCCGUUAUUAUGCGCGACAAGACCACCGGCCGUCCUCGUGGUUUUGGCUUUGUUGUCUUCUCUGAUCCUUCCCUUCUUGAUCAGGUUCUUCAAGAUAAGCACACCAUCGAUGGCCGCCAGGUGGAGGCAAAAAGGGCGCUAUCAAGAGAAGAACAACAAACUUCCACAAGAAGUGGCAUUAAUAACUCUGGUAGAAGUUCUGGAGGUAGUGGAUAUUUUAGGACCAAGAAAAUAUUUGUGGGAGGCCUACCGUCGGCACUAACAGAAGAUGGGUUCCGGCAGUAUUUUGAAAGUUAUGGUCAAGUAACUGAUGUAGUGAUAAUGUACGACCAAAAUACUCAAAGACCUCGUGGAUUUGGUUUCAUAACAUUUGACAAUGAAGAUGCAGUUGAUAGAGUACUUUAUAAGAGCUUUCAUGAACUGAAUGGUAAACUUGUAGAGGUGAAACGGGCACUUCCUAAAGAUGCAAAUCCAGGAAGUGGUGGUCGUGCAGGCUAUCAAAAUUAUGGUGCUUCCGGCACUAAUUCUAACAGCUUUGAUGGUAGAUCAGAUGGCAAUAGAUAUAUGCAACCUCAGUCUACUGCUGGUGGUUUCCCCCCCUAUUCUGGAUAUAGUGUAUCAGGUUAUGGUUAUGGAGGACCAAACAGUGGUGUCCCUUAUGGAAGUUACGGUAGUUAUGGUGUCGGUAUGUAUGGUGGUGCAAAUGCUGGAUUUGGUGGUCCAGCUGGACCAUUUGGAAAUCCAGGUGCUGUCAAUGCUGGUUAUCUAAGUGGAGCACCUGGGGCCAUGAAAAGUUCUUGGACCAAUCAAGCUCCAGGAUACGGUGGUCCUGGCUAUGGUGCCAGUCCAGGCUUUGGGGCUGCAGCUCCUUGGAAUGCCUCGGGUACUGGAGCACCUCCUUCUGCCCCAAGGGGCCAAUCACCUAGUGGGGCUUCUGGGUAUGGGAAUCAGGGUUAUUAUGGUGGAAACGAUGGUACUUAUGGGGGAUAUGGAGCCUCUGGUGGACGAGCUGCAAGUGCUCCAAAUAGCAAUGUUGGUACCGGUCAAAGUGGAGAGCAACAUGGCGUGAGUGGUGGGUACAUGGGGAGUGGCUAUGGUGACACUAAUGGAAAUUCGGGUUACUCCAGUGGUGGCUGGAGAUCUGAUGCUUCACAGACUCCAGGUGGUUAUGGUGGUGGAUAUGGUGGCAAUCAGUCCAGGCAUGGUUAACCCCCAUCACCACAUGUUUGCACAUGUCAUCCUUUUCCACGUGCAAGUCAUAUUACUGGAUGGGAACAGAUUCUGAGAAUGGUUGGAUCUCUUCAUUCUCAGUGCUAUCAGACAGUAGUAAUUCUAUAGUUGAAUAUGUCCAUUGCUUUCUAGCAGUAGUAAUAUUUAUUUUUAGGCUUGUUUUCUGGAGGUUGCUUAUUGUUGUGAGCAUUUGGAAAAUUGAAAACAUUGAUACACUUUUGUGUUUUUUUUCAUAUCUUAAUCUUAUGUAGAAGCUAGAAUAGUAUCUAUUUACUUUUUCUAUGUCGAUGAUGGGUGGUUAUGAGGAUAUUCUAUAUACUGUUAUUGUAUUGCAAGUUAAUUGUUUAUCAUGGUAAUUUAUGUAUCAUGUAGCGCUAUCUCUUUUAUGCAUCUGGUGUUUUGCUAAAUAAUAGGCUUCUGCAGCCGUUGGUAGAUGUGGCUUUCUUUUGGCAGUCAAGAUAGAGGUAGGAGAUGUUAUCAGCUUCUUCCUAUUAUGGGGAACUUUACAACUUGGUUUGUUUCCACAUGUUUGAAAGCCACUUGAACAUUAUUUUAGCUUUUUGGUCUAGUUUUUUUGUAUGAGGAAAAGGAUAAGUUUUGAGUUUCGAACUGUGAUUAGCACAAGUUAUUAAAUGGGUUUUGGCAUGCACAGGAAUUUCAGGUGGAGUUUCGGAGCUGCUGAAUGCUUUUAACAGACCUUUCAUGCUGCUAAUGGACUAAGGUUUGGGUGUUCUUCCACCGCCCAUCUCCAUUGCGGUAUGUCACCUUGACAUUCUUAUGGGCAUAAUUAGAUCUUUUUCUUUGGUUCUCUAAUUUAACUUUCAUGCAAUUUUUCUUCAAUUUUUGGUGUAACUGCAUAUUGUUAUAUUAUGACGGCAGUUAGUUCAUUUGUUUGACUCUGUAGAACCAAACUUAGUAGCUUAGAUAUCAUCCUGAUCAAGAACCGAUUUCUUUCUUCUCUGCCCGUUUAUAGCAUCAAUAGCUAACCACAGUCGUAUACCAGAGGUUUAGUAUUGUGCAGCAUACUUCUUAUUAUUAUAACCUCAUCUAUGAAUUGUCAGCCUAACCUUCUAUUUAUGCUUCAAAAUAUAUAUAUAUAUAUAUAUGAAAACAACUUUCAUUGAGAAAAAAUUAAUGAAUACAAGGGCAUACAACACCCCUGCUAAAAGAAGGACCAACUGAGUAAAAUGUUACCAAUGGAAUAAUUACAAAAGAUCUACGAAAUGUAAGUCCAAAGGGACAUGUGAAAUGUAACCAGCUACCAAAACUCACUAUGCUCCUCUCCAUACCACAAAACAGCUGAUUGUUUCACUCCAAAUGUCCAAAAUAACACACACCCGGGCAAGUCAUAAAAAACCCUCCUUUGUCUCUAAAGGGCGGAUGGAGGAGGAACUUCUCAAUUGUUGCUCUAACGCUCUAAAGGUCAGCAUAACUAACACCGAACUCCUGAAUGUAUAAUCCCAGAUUUAGCUCCACCUGAAAUUCCUGCUUCAAUAUGUAUUAUAUGAUCCGAGAUUUAGCUCAAAUAUCAGUGAUAUACAAGUGCUUGGCAAGCUAGGGUCAUUCGCAUAGGCAGCAUCACUUUCUUCCAUCCCUUAGUUUCCAGCAUCUAUUUGCUUGGUUGUUUUAGUAUCUUGUUUCUUUUCAUUUGUAACCUAAUAUCAUUUAUUGCAACCCUACUUUAGGUUUAAGCUUUUACUUUUGAGUAUACUGAAACGGUGGUGAUAGUGAAUUGAGCCUCUAACCUCUAGGGAGGAAAGUUAGUUGAAUUAAGCUCAGUUUGGCUAAAUUAUUCUUCCUUUUUUAUUUAUUCCCGUGUUCCGUUUCUUUUAUAUAAUUAACUGCUGUUUAGCAUCAAUAUUUGAUUGAAUGACUUCUGUUUAGCAGAUAUUCAUUUUGGCUUUUGGUUGGACUCCCACAGGCCCCCUAACAAAUUGUGUCUCGCCUAUAUACUUUUAACUUCUUCUUAUGCAUCUCUAAUUUCUCCAGUCUCCUGUUGGAGAAGUUGGCAGUUUCCCAAUGAAUGAAAUGAGAGCAAUCCUUUAUCUUGUA